AGAACAAAAACAUUGAUUUACGUAAAAGUAGAAUAGAAAUGUCAAAAUUUGUUUACGUUGACACUUUUUUUAAUGAUAGAUUAUCAAUGUUAUUUACAUAAUUGUCAAUGACAUGUUUUGGUUUUUAUCAGUUUUAUUUAUUGUUUUUUCUAAUUUUAUUAUUAUCACGAUAAGCUCGUCUGGCGAUAGAUCACAAUAUUAUGUUGUCUGUGUUAGUAAUUGUAAUUCAAAGAGCUGUCAAAUUGAUGGUGAAUAUAGAAGAUAUCCCUCACUGGAAUUACGUUUGUUAAAUUGGUCAUGUAGAGAUAAUUGCAGUUAUGAUUGCAUGUGGAAGACUGUUACUUAUUUUAACAAAUAUGGAUUCGAAGUACCUCAGUUUCAUGGAAAGUGGCCAUUUAUUAGAAUCCUGGGCGUUCAAGAGCCAGCGUCGACAUUAUUUUCAGUAUUUAAUUUAUAUGAACACGUGACGGAGUACUUAAAAUUUAAGAAAGAAUUAGAAUUUUCUGAUCCGAUGGUCUAUGUCUGGACAUACUUUUUUCUGAUUUGUACCAACAGUUGGCUUUGGUCAACAAUUUUCCAUGCCAAAGAUGAAUAUUUCACGGAAGUGAUGGAUUACUCUUGUGCUUUCACUACUGUUUUGACUCUAUUUUACUGUUUUUUAUUAAGAAUAAGCUAUCAAGAUUCAUGGAAUAUGAAAAUAUUUUUUGCCACAACUUGCGCAUAUGCUGGAAUACUUUCAAUGCAUUUAUCCCAUUUAUGGUCUGGCAGCAUUGACUAUGGUUAUAAUAUGAAAUUCAAUGUAGCAAUUGGUUUUAUUACAUUCGUUGUAACAAUGAUAUGGUGGUAUCGUAAUCGUCAAAAAAUGUCGCAUGUCUAUUUAAUCGGUUGGUUUACUAUUUUGACUGUUACUGCUACUUUAUUAGAAGUAUUAGAUUUUCCACCGAUUUUUUGGACAUUUGAUGCUCACUCUUUAUGGCAUGCAGCGACAGCUCCGCUCGUCAGUCUUUUUUACAGAUUCAUAAGGUUAGACUGUUUUUACUUGAAGAAUCGAUACGUCAAAUUGGAUUUAAAUCACUUGUUAUGAAACUUAAAUCCUUUCCUUCUCAUUAGUGUAAUGAGAAUUCUUUUUUUAUUUUGUUUCAAAAACAAAGAAAACUUAUAUGUAAAUAAUUAGAUUUCUUUCACUAUUCAAGUGAAGUAAAGAAAUAAUAUAUAUUAAUCAUUCAUAUUGAAAAGAAUUAAGUUAGAUAAUUUUCGAAAGAAAGUGUAACAAAUGUUUUUUUUUUAUUAUAAAAGUUUAUUUUGUAUACAUUGAUUUUCUUUCACACGACUUCAUAAGCAUAUAAAUAAAUUACAAAUAUUAGGUAGAAACUUGUAAAAUAUACUCAGUAUAAAUAUUG